AUGGAUGAUGUUUUAACUGUUAUUUGUAAGAUUUGUGCGAAAAUUAUCCCUCUUUGUGAUGUCAAAGCACAUUUACUUGACACAUGCAUCCCUUCUCUUCUCUUUCGUUAUGGAUGCGGUGGUACUCUCCCAACAUCACAAGAGUUCGAGAAGCUAACACAAUCAGAUAAAGAACAUCAAAUAUUAAAAGUUAAACAUGCAACCUUGCAAGAAAAAUAUAAGCAACGCAAAGCAACAACAAUUGUUACAACAUCUCAACCACCUCCUCCAGUAUUUAGAUAUGAUUCACCAACAAAUUCUAUCUUCUCCUCUCCACCACCAACACCAAGUAAUUCCUCAAUUGCAAUGGAUAAUAGUUUUAUGGAAGAGACUUUUCAUGUCAAGAAAGAGUUUUUAAAGCAAGCAGAUAUUCAUACAUAUAACAACAGUAGCAACUUAAUUAAUCUAGAUAUUCCUGAUGGAGACCAAGGAGUGUGCACACUUGGUAACCAAUUUAAGGUGCAGCAGAAAGAUGUGAUAUUUUGUACCAACUCAGUGAGAGGCAGCAACAGAAUAGAAAUCACUUGUUUCGACAAACAAAUUACAUUGUGUAAACCUGCACACAUUACGGAUGAAUAUUGUCAAACUCAUCUCGUUAGACCUCUUCUGGCAAGACCUAUAUCAUUAGAUGAUGUAAAAGAAUCAAUAUCAAACCGCCCAAAAGAAGAGUUGGUUAAAUGUGCAUCAUGUCCAAACAAAUGCACGAUGAGCAUAAGAUGCAAAGCGUCCUCACUCACUCCAAUCAAGGAUAAUUAUCUGUACUUUUGCACAUAUUCUUGUUUCCAAAAAUACUUUGGUUCAUCAUCAGGUAAAACCUGGUCUGCUUAUAUCGAAUCUAAACAACCUAAAAAAGACAAAAAGGAAAAGAAGGAAACGAAUAAGGAAAAAGGAAAAGAUGAUGAUUCAGACGAGGAAUCCAGCCAUGAAGAAGAUGAAGAGGGAUAUGUAGUAGAAGAUGAAGAACAACAUACAGAUAAGAAAAGAAAAGCAUCUACACCACCAAAGCCGACAACUAAAAAGGCUCCAGCUAAAAAGGCUGCAGCACCCAAAGACAAAGAUAAAAGUAAAAGUUCUGGCAAGAAAUAA